AUGGUCAAAAAAUUUCGUCCUGCAACUCCAUUUUUAACACCGUUCCUCGUUUCAUCCUAUAAAAAUUUUACCGAUGUUCAAUUGUACAGUCAAAUAUAUCCGUUAUGGACUUAUUCAUAUUUGGUUGCAUUGAUACCCAUAUUUUUUCUUACUGAUGCAUUGCGACAUAAGCCAAUUGUUGUCCUUGAAGCGAUGUCAUAUUGCGCUUCUCAUGCAAUCAUUCUUUGGGGCAAUAAAGUAUGGCAAAUGCAAUUAAUGGAAAUAACUUUCGGAUUGUCAACAGCAUCUGAUAUCGCUUAUGUUUCUUAUAUGUAUGCAGUUAUUGAUCAAAAGCAUUUCAAACGUAUCACUUCAUACGUUAGAGCAGCUACACUGUUUGGCAAAUUUCUAGCUUACGGAUCCGGUCAGCUGCUUAUUUCAACCCAUCUUGUAUCAUAUUUACAACUACAUGAGAUUUCAUUUGGUUUCGGUUGUAUUACCUUAUUAAUGGCAUGCAUACUUCCAUCAAUAUCAUCCAAUAUGAUCAAGAAUAAAAAUUUAAGAGAAGUGGAAAAUUGCGAUCAAACAGUCGAAAUAAAUGACGAUGAAAGGGUAUCACUAAAUGCAAUACCAUCAACAGUUGGCCCUGGAAUGAAGACUUAUCUUCAAAAUGUUUGGAAACAUUUAAUGAUUUUCAAGAGUAAAAGAACAGUAUUAAAAUGGUGCAUUUGGUGGUCAUUGGGUAGUUGUGGAAGCUUUCAAGUUCAAAAUUAUGUGCAAAAUUUAUGGGCUUUAUUACAACAAGAUGAUGAAGCAUAUAAUGGUAUUACGGAGUGUACAGCUACUUUGAUUGGGGCAAUUGUUUGUUUCUUCGUUCAAUACUUGAAAAUUGAUUGGGUAAAAUGUGGUGAAUUGGUAAUAUGGAUUAAUUCAAUGAUUAUCGCCAUAUUAUUAAUUGUAAUGUCUCAAACUACCAGUGCUUUCAUUGCUUAUAUCUUUUACAUCGCUCUUGCUAUCAUUUAUCAAUUACUUAUGACUGCAGCAAGCACGAUAAUUGCUACAGAAUUGACAACGGCAACUUAUGGCUUAGUAUUUGGUUCCAGUACUUUUGUUGCACUUCUUCUUCAAACAAUACUAACUCUAAUUGUUGUUGAUAAACAUGGCCUAGCACUUGAUAUACGCACACAGUUUUUUAUUUAUGGUUGCUAUUUUGGUGUUGUAUCAGUAAUUUUCAUUUUUAUGUUAAUACAGAAAAUGAUUGGCGAAAUUUUUGUUACCGAAUUCACUCCCACAAAUCAAUGUCCUGAAAAAGAUACUCUAACAUAA